GCUCAGCUCACUCAUCAUCUAUAUCUAGUCCUCACUUCCACAGCUCUCUCUUCCCCUUCAAUGGCCAGGGAUUAGCAUAGGGAGAUGGGGAUUGGCUGGCCAUGUGUACGUUAUAAUGUAAAUUAACACACUGAUGGUGGUACUCUUCAGCACGCCGUUUGGUUUUGGUGAUUUAACAAGAUCAGGAACCCAUCUUUUCUCAGCAUAGGCUUAUGUGGGAAUCCUCACAACUCUUCAUACCAAAAUACUACAAAAAGAUGAUUUUUGCUGACAGAACACCCAAAGUGCAAAAAACGAGUCUAGAUUCUUGCUCUAGGACAUGGCUUGUGAAUAGUAGGGGCAUUGCUAGGAAAGUCAAGAAUGCCACUAUAUUUUCUGACUAUCAAAUCAAAGAUUUUGGAGCUGAAGCAGAGCGGGAAUGCCCAAACUGCAAACAUAUUAUUGAUAACAGUGAUGUAUCUUUAGAAUGGCCAGGGCUUCCUGCUGGUGUUAAAUUUGAUCCAUCUGAUCAAGAGCUUUUAGAACAUUUAGCUGGAAAAGUUGGCUUGGAUAAUUCAAAAUCCCAUAUGUUUAUAGAUGAAUUUAUUCCAACUCUCGAAGAGGACCAAGGAAUUUGUUAUACACAUCCUGAAAACCUUCCUGGUGUCAAAAAAGAUGGAAGUAGUGCUCAUUUUUUCCAUCGGACAUCAAAUGCAUAUGCCACUGGCCAACGUAAACGGCGGAAGAUAGAUGGCCAAUAUGGCAUUUCUCAGGAGCAUGUCAGGUGGCACAAGACUGGGAAAACCAAACCUGUGCUUGAGAAUGGUGUUCAAAAAGGUUGGAAGAAAAUAAUGGUUCUAUACAAAAGUUCAAAAAGGGGUUGCAAACCAGAUAAAGCUAACUGGGUGAUGCAUCAGUACCAUCUGGGGUCUGAAGAAGAAGAGAAGGAUGGUGAGCUUGUUGUUUCAAAAGUUUUAUAUCAACCUCAGACAAAGCCUGCUGAGAAGAAUGAAACAGAUAUGGACAAUGAAGACAUGGAUGUGUUGGCAAUAAAAACUGGUCCAAGGACCCCUAAAACAAAUACGCCAAAGCCACCAAGACCAAGAACAAAUUUGCCAGAUGAUGAGGAGCUUGAGCAUAAUUUUCAGAUUAUUCCUGAACAGCUGAAAGACAACCAAGAAACUUCCACAACAGAAUCAGUGUUACCUGUUAGUCUAAAUGAAUGUGUCAAUCCCACAUGGUGUGCUGGUGAAUCUCAAGCUGUUGAGGAUCCUGAUCCAAACAUCAACGAUGAGGCAUUGCUAUGUCAUGAAGAUCUUGAUUCUUUUCCUGCUUUCGAAGAUUCAUCUCUACAAUUCCAAUUCCCCGACUUAGAUCACAGCAAGAAUGAGAUACCAGGGAAGAUCAAUAACUCUCUCAGUGGGAUCUAUGAUCUCGAUAACAUUGAAAUUGACACACCCCCGGAUUUUCAGCUUGCAGAUUUGCAAUUUGGUUCUCAAGACAGCAUUACUAGUUGGCUAGACCGGCUGUAGAGCGAACACCGACAUGUUCCACAGUGGAUAUCAAUAUAGACCCAUUUUUGAGCUUUUUUGCGGGUCAGAAGUUCUGUACUACUGCCUGGUUUGCUUGGUGAAGUAAAUAUAGUUGAAAUACUGAUCUCAUUCCAUCAUAUUCAUGUUUUAAUCCUCAAGUAAUAUAUCAAUGUUGUGCUUUUCUGUUGUUUUGAAUGUGAUCCAGUUGGAUUAUAAUUUCUGUUCCUGCUUAGAAAGGCUGCAGACAAAUCAUUCAUUGUGACAAUUAUAUGCUUUUCAGGCUCUUGAUUAAAGCAGGAGACAAUCAGUAAUUGACUUUCAAACAUCCAACAAAUUUCAUUAAUUGUUUUGCUUUGACCUUAUGAACCUGAGAGAUUAUUUUGUCUGCCUUAUUUUGUUUAAUUGUUCUGUUUUAGUGUGCUUUUUGUGAACUGUUAAUCUUUGGCUGUUAGUGCAAGUAUUGUAUCCAAAUUACUUAAAAAGGGUGUCAAUGUCAAUGUUGUUUU